AUGACCGAACUGCCUCGCUACUCCAAAGAUGGCAUAUCCAUCACCAAGGCCAUGCCUGAAAAUAUCCCAAUGAUCAAGACUAUGGUCGACGCUGCAUAUUUCAAGUACAUCGAGCGAAUCGGUAAACCACCAGCUCCAAUGACGACGGAUUAUCAUCAACUCAUGCAUACGCACGAGAUUUUUGUCCUGCAAAAAUCCAAUGGAAAGAUAAUGGGCUCCAUAAUGCUCCGAUCUGACCUCCCGUCGGAUUCUAUUGAGAUCAAUAACCUAGUGGUCGAUCCCUCAGCCCAAGGCCUUGGAUAUGGGCGAGUUUUGAUGGGCUACGCGGAAGACAUUGCAAAGUCACGGGGUCACUCUGGCUUGACGCUCUACACAAACGUCAAAAUGUAUGAGAAUCUGGGGCUUUAUGUCAAACUUGGCUUUUCCGAGACGGAAAGAAGGACGGAAGAUGGAUUUGAGAGGGUAUACUUUCGGAAAUCUUUGGACUGA